UAUUGUCAUACCUCAGGCUCAAUUAAACCAGAGCACUUCAUGAGAUGAUAAGCUUCACAUUUUAAGAAUAUAGUCAAAGAAUCCACUCUUUCCAAAGUUGUACUAGCAUGCAUAAUAAUUUCAAACCAAAACAAUAUAGCCAUAGGUGGGAAAGACCACAUUCUCCAAGUUCAGGGUCCUUGAAAUUCUUACCAGCACAAAAGAAAAAAUGAUUAUCUCUUUUUGAACUUUCUUUCAGGAAGUCCCAUAAACAAAAUAAUACUUUCUGUGGAGUUAAGGUCAUGUUUAAAUCAUGAGUAUAUUUGGCAUUUCUUAACACUUGGACCCAUUGACUUUCCAAAACUGGAUAUUCCAAUUCCACAUUCCGCAAUUCAGAUACAUAACUAAUUUUUCCAUUCAACUUUUUAAUUUCUGUAUACAAAUGAAUUGCUGGUUCAAGCACUGCAUUUCUUAAGGCUCCUAAAGUUACAGGAGGCUGUUAGAUCAUCUGGGCCAUAGUGUUUAAUUCUGAUGUUUUGGCUGCUUGUAUUACCAAGCAAACAUUGUAGAUAAUAUUCAACACAGAAUUUCUCAAAGCAUUUAAACAUUUGAAAUCAACUGAUUUUGAUCUCAAGAGUUUGAGCAAAACAUCUUCCCUGUUAUUUUCAAAUCUGGUUAUUUCAAAACUUCAACUUCUUGUAUGAUUUGGAAUUAAAGCAUAACUGCUUAGCUAUCAAUAAACAAGUAGGUUUGGCAGCCAGGAUCCCUAUAUCCUGAAGUUUGCAAAAGUCUUGGGCAGUUGUUUUCUCCCACCCCCCACUGCAUUAGACAGAAGUCCAUUAAUGAAGAGAAGAGCUGGUGCCAGAAACACAAAUGGUUGCUAGGGAUCUGCAGCUGUGUAGAAGUGAAUGAUAAAAGACAGAAAGGUUCAGGAAGCCUGAAAUUCUAAAGACAUAAUACAUAGGGUGUCAUGGCCACCAAUGACCAAGAAACCAGCUUCUGUACAGCUUUUCCAAAAUAAAUAUGACAAGACAUGGCACCUCAGGAUUACAGAGGCCAUGACACUGGGGGAAUGAGGUGGGAGGCUCAAAAGAAGUGGCCAGAUGGAGUUGGAGGAAAUGGAUUGGAAUAGUUAAAAUAGCGACAAACGGUAGGACGAAAAAUUAAGAGUUCUGUCAAUUUAGGGAGGAAGAUACUACAGUACUGUCAAAUCUAUCUAAUAGUAACUUAAGGCUACCUCAUAGCAGGGGAUGAGAGGAGAGCAGUGUUGAGAAACCAGAAGACCAGAUUGUUAGGAUAUGAUUGCGCUAUGAUCAAUGGGGACAGAGCCUUUGGAAAUUGAAAAUACCAUUUCUAUAUUCCUGCACUUUAUAUCUUGUUCUCUCUGUCUCAAGAAGAAAUUCUAGAGCUAGAGUGCACAUUUAACAAAAUUAAACAAGUAGAUAAGGAAUACAUUAAUUUUUAUGGUCAGCAUUAACAUAACAUUAACGUAAGUUAUGCUGUGUCCAAACCUGUCUUCCAGAAAUCUAAUCUACUCAGCAAAUCAAAUGGGGACAUAUUAUGCUGCCAGUUCUUUGAGAAAUGAAGUAUGAUAGUUUUAAUGACAACUAUGAACAUCAAGGCAAGAGAAAGUUGUGGGGAAGGAGUGAGGGGGAGCUUUAAAUAUCAGCAGAGUACACUGGGAAACAAAGUUUGCCUCUGGAGAAGGAGCCAGGAAUGACAGAGAAUAAGUUGGUGCUCGCUCACUCAACCCUCUUCAGAAAAACUAUUGCAGAAAGGAAACAUCACCUCUGUCCUAAGCGAGUGGCUUCAUAAAGAGCAAGAAAUGGAUUCUACAAAAGCACAUGGAUUUUUCCUAGCCAGUUUCCUUGUCCUCGUGUUUUUGGGGAAUCUCACAGAGGCCUGCAGAUGUGUGCAAGUAUCUCUCCAGAAAGCAUAUCGUACAGCUAAGUUUGUGAUGAGGGCAAAAUUUAUGAGUGUCAAGCCGGAUCCUAAAUCUCCAUCGUAUUCUCCAAAAAUUAUUUAUACUAUUCAGCCCAUCAAGGUAUUCAAGGGUCCAAAGGAACUAAGAAAAGCACAGUUCCUAUAUAGCUCAGCCUCAGAUGACUACUGUGGAUAUUUACACAAAGGCCCUCUUAAAGGAGAUGACUAUGUAUUUUCAGGGUCAAUUUCAGAUGAUCGUUUCAAAAUUUCAAUGUGCAGCUUUGCAGAACCAUGGGAUAAAGUAACUUCUAAACAGAAAGAAAUCCUGAAAAGUGGUGAUGCUCUUCCAGAAAGACUGCUGCAGAAAGGAAACAUUACCUCUGUCCUAAGCGAGAGGCUUCAUGCAAAGCCAGAAAUGGAUACUACAAAACCAUAUGGAUUUUUCCUAGCCAGGUUCCUUGUCUUCAUGCUCUUGGGGGAUCUCACUGAGACCUGCCAAUGUAACCGACCAAGUCUCCGGCAAGCAUGUUGCGAACAUAACUUUGUGAUGAGGGUCCUAUUUUUGGGUGUCCAGCGGGAUCCUGAAUCUCCUCCGUAUUUGCAGAUGAAUAAAUUUUCUGUUCGGGUUAUUCAGGUAUUCAAGGGUUCAUGGAGAGCAGCAAAUGCACAGAUUCUCUACUCGCCAGAAUCAGUGUUUGACUGUGGAUAUAUACAUGAUGGUCCGUUCCAAGAAGAUGACUACCUAAUUUCAGGGACAUUUAAUGGAAAUUAUGUUGAUAUCGGAAAGUGCAUCUUUGCAAAACCGUGGGCUCAAGUAACUCAAAGACAGAAAAUCAGCCUCUACACUUUUGCUGAUAGGGACUGCAGUGCCAUGUGUUGAAAGGUAUAAACUUCAGGGCCAUCGCUAUCAAUAUGCUAAUGCAGUGGUUCUCAACCUGUGGGUCGGGACCCCAUUUGGGGUCGAACAACCAUUUCACGGGGGUCGCCAAACAACACAGUCCACCAU